AAUUCAAGAGGUAAAUCCAUUAGAAUCAAUAAAAGCCUCCCUCAAUCCAUUUGUUGAAAAAUCAUGUGUAAUUUUCGCUUGACACUAUUGUUUCAUCUUCUUCUUACUUUGUUUCUACAUGUACAAAGUCUUUCUCAGUAUGGCUCAACUGUUGAGUUUCUUCCUGGUUUUGAUGGUCCUCUUCCUUUUUAUCUUGAGACCGGAUAUAUUGGAGUUGGAAAAUCCGAGGAAGUGCAACUAUUCUAUUACUUCGUUAAAUCAGAAUCCGACCCGAGAAAAGAUCCGCUCUUGUUAUGGCUAACAGGAGGGCCUGGUUGCUCAUCCUUUACGGGGUUGGCGUAUGAAGUAGGCCCAUUGGCUUUUGGUCAAAAGGCAUACAAUGGAAGCCUACCGAUUCUUGUUUCAAGUCCAUAUUCAUGGACAAAGUUUGCAAGCGUAUUGUUCCUGGAACAGCCUGUAAAUACUGGGUUUUCAUAUGCAACAACUUCAGAGGCGUAUAUGUGUACUGAUCUACAAGCGUGCGACCAGGUCUAUGAAUUUCUACGGAAGUGGUUCAUUAAUCAUCCGGAAUUCAUUUCGAACCCUUUCUAUGUUUCUGGGGAUUCAUAUUCAGGCAUUACAGUUCCAGUUAUUGUUCAACUAAUAUCAGAUGGAAAUGAAGCAGGCAAAGAGCCAUUAAUCAACCUUAAGGGCUAUUCACUUGGAAAUCCAAAAACAUUUCCUGAAGAAAGCAAUUACCAAAUUCCUUACUGUCAUGGUAUGGGGCUAAUAUCUGAUGAACUUUUUGAGUCACUGAAAGAGACUUGCAAAGGCGAAUACCGAAACAUAGAUCCUACCAAUACACUAUGUUCACAAAACUUAAAGAUUUUCAAGAAGCUUGUGAGUGGUAUAAAUGAUCAGCAAAUACUAGAGCCUUUCUGCGGAACAGACUCUGAAGUACACAAACCGCGUCAAUUGACUGCUGGUGAAAGAAGAUCUCUUGAAGAAGAUUUGAUCUUUCUAAAACAUGAUGACUUCAUCUGUCACGAAAGUCAUGUCGCCACACGCAAGCUCUCCAAUUAUUGGGCAAAUGACCUGAGAGUUCAAGAGGCUCUCCAUGUUAGAAAGGGAACUAUAAGAAGACCAUGGGCGAGAUGUAGGCAAAGUAUCGGAGGUACAACUUACACAAUAACUUUCAUGAAUAGUAUACCUUACCAUGUAAACCUUAGUUCGAAAGGUUAUCGAUCACUUAUAUACAGUGGCGAUCAUGACAUGGUUGUUCCUUUCCAAUCGACACAAACAUGGAUAAAAUAUCUAAAUUAUUCUAUUAUUGAUGAUUGGCGUCCAUGGACUAUUGACGGACAAGUUGCAGGUUACACGAGGUCUUUCUCUAAUCAUAUGACAUUUGCAACAGUAAAGGGAGCAGGACACACAGCUCCCGAGUACAAACGUGAAGAGAGCUUUCAUAUGUUUAAAAGAUGGAUAGCUCAACAACCUUUGUAAAUUUCUUAGUUAAUUAGUUUAAUAUUUAUUUCUCUGAAUUACCAUGAAAAUAUUACCUUUCUAGACGUAGAAGGUCGCACAAAACUAGGAAAAGUUGUUGAAUUGUCUCUUCACACGCAUAAUCAAUUGUUUAGCUACUCAUGUAAAGCAGAAUAAUAUCUCAAACAAUAGUGUAAUUGAAGCAUCGUAAAAGUGAUAAUAUGUUUAUAAUGGUUACUUCAUGUAGUUAAA